AAAACACAACAUCAACAGUUAUCAGUUGACCAGCAUCCUGCUCGAAACAUCCAUAUUUACAGCUUUUACUGUUUACUAUAAUUUAGGAUAGUCUUCUAAGUAAUAGUAGCCGAAGUUUAACUUACUUUUUAUGAAAAUAGGAACCGGUUUCAACGCGCUAACGACGUCGCUGUGAACGCUAACUCAGCUAAGCUAACGUUAGCUUCUUCAUUGUGGUCGCACGGAGUCUCACUUCCUGCUAGCAAUUACUGUCUCGGUUGCUGUCCGUACGUCUGAAGUAAAUUGCAAAAACUACUUUAUCCGCCACAGUAUAUAUAUACAUAUAUAAAUUUGAGGAAGUUGUCAUCUUAGCCUGCGAGUAAAAAUAUGUUAAAGAUAAGAGGAACGAAUGUUGGUUGGCAGGAGAAGCGUCGGAAUGAUAUUUGUCGAACACAGGAAGUGUGGUAGAGGUCGCUACUGCGCAACAUCCAGAUACAGUCCACGCGUUUGAGUUGAUGUUUACACGCUAACGGUGCACACACACAAACACAAACACACACACUGGGAACACAAGGUAGCGGUGCUGGAUGAGGACACGAAGCUCAUUAUUAAACAUGACCGGAUGUGUCAUUAGAAACUGUUGUUAGGUUGCAGGAUUCCCAGCAGGUCUUCAGCUGCUGACGGAUCAGUCUGCACAUUUUUAUGUGUAGGUCUGUGUCUUCAAAGUGCUAGACCAUCCAUAUAGUCUGAUUCCUUUGGGGAGGGUGUGCGGUGAUCAGCAACAUGCCCCUGUCGGACUUCCUGGACAGCCUGAAGGACAACCCAUACUUCGGGGCCGGGUUUGGACUGGUCGGGGUUGGGACAGCGCUGGCAGUGGCCAGGAAAGGCGCCCAGGUGGGAAUGGUCUUCUUCCGCAGGAACUACAUGAUCACCCUGGAGGUCCCCAGCAGGGAUAAGAGCUACCACUGGCUGCUGAGCUGGAUCACCAAGCAUGCCAGGCACACUCAGCACCUGAGCGUGGAGACCUCCUACCUGGCACACGAGAGUGGAAGGGUUCACACGCAGUUUGACUUCCACCCAAGCCCUGGGAACCACAUCAUCUGGUAUGGGAGGAAGUGGAUCAGGGUGGAGAGGACCAGAGAGAAGCAAAUGGUGGAUCUGCACACCGGGACCCCGUGGGAGUCUGUGACCUUCACCGCUUUAGGCAGAGACAGACAAAUUUUCUUUAACAUCUUACAAGAAGCAAGAGAAUUGGCUAUGAAGCAGGAAGAGGGGCGGACGGUGAUGUACACAGCCAUGGGGGCGGAGUGGAGGCCCUUUGGGUUUCCCCGGCGACGCAGACCCCUCAGCUCUGUGGUCCUGGAGGCGGGCGUGGGUGAAAAGAUCGUGGAAGAUGUGAAGGAGUUCAUUGGAAACCCCAAGUGGUACACAGACAGAGGCAUCCCAUACAGAAGAGGAUAUCUGCUGUAUGGUCCCCCAGGGUGUGGAAAAAGCAGCUUUAUCACGGCGCUGGCGGGCGAGCUGGGCUACAGCAUCUGUCUGAUGAGUCUGAGUGACCAAACCCUUUCAGAUGACCGUCUGAACCACCUCCUGAGCGUGGCUCCGCAGCAAAGCAUCAUACUGUUGGAGGACGUAGAUGCAGCCUUUGUCAGCCGUGACCUGCUUCCCACAGACAAACCUCUGGCCUACCAGGGAAUGGGAAGACUGACUUUUAGUGGCUUGCUAAAUUCUCUGGACGGAGUGGCUUCAUCUGAGGCCAGAAUAGUUUUUAUGACCACCAACUUCAUUGACAGGUUAGACGCGGCACUGAUCCGACCUGGCCGUGUUGAUCUGAAGCAGUACAUCGGGCAUUGCACUCACUGGCAGCUUACGCAGAUGUUCCGGCGGUUCUACCCAGACGAGCCUGCCUCUGAAGGAGAGCGGUUUGCGGAGCGUGCGUUGGCCACCUACACUGAGAUCAGCGCUGCGCAGGUGCAAGGACACUUCCUGCUGCACAAAACGGACCCUGCAGGAUCUAUUGACAAUGUUGCUCAACUAAAAGAAUGAAGGUGUGGAGAUAACUGAAUAAAGAGAAACAUAAGAAACCUU